CCUUUAAGAGCCCCAUCGGCAGGAGCAUCGGUACCGCUCCCACGUUCAGCACGGCGCCGCAGGAUUCUAAUUCGUGGGUGAUUUCCAGAUAAAAACUUUAUCCGGAGGAUAAACACUGUGAUUACAUUCGAGCCAAACGAGGGAAAAAUCAAACGAGUGCAGUUCCGUAUUUGAGAGGAUGUGGUCCAACAAAGCGACGACGAAGGACUCGAAGGGCCUCCUGCCUGGCCGCGCCACGUUCGGCCCGCUGUUCCUCAUGGCGUCGACGCCCGUCGCAGCGAUUCUCUUCACCCACAUCUUCGUGGCUGAAGGCGGGCAAUGGAAGCCGUUGGCGGAAAAGUUUGUCACGCUCGGUGUGCUCCCGACGCUGCAAGCGAUCUGGCAAAGUCCCUUUGACCCUGUGGCGUGGCAAAUCAUCCUUACCUUCAUGGCGAUCCAACUCAUCUUGAUCAAGCUUGUGCCGGCGCCGACGGUGUACGGCCCCGUUACUCCUGGUGGCAACGUCCCCGAAUACGCGGACAACGGGUUUCGAUGCUACUUGAUCACACUCGCCUUGUUUGUUGGUGGCGCGUACGCUGGGCUCUGGGAGGGCGGGUUCGCGUACACUCACAUGCUCCACAUCAUUUCGGCCCUGAACGUGUUCAGUUUCGCACUGUGCUUGGUCAUUUACGUCAAGGGUUUGACCUUCCCCACAUCGUCCGACUACGGCGUCACGGGCAACCCUCUCUUUGAUUUCUUCAGUGGCAUUGAGCUGUACCCUCGCAUCUUUGGCUGGGAUGUGAAGCUGUUUACAAACUGCCGUUGCGGCAUGAUGUUCUGGGGCGUGGGUAUUGUGUCGUACGCGUGGAAGCAGUACGAAUUAUACGGCUACGUGAGCGACUCGAUGGCCACGAGUGUUGCCCUGCAGCUCGUCUACGUGGCCAAGUUUUUUUGGUGGGAAGCGGGGUACAUGCGGUCGAUUGACAUCAUGCACGACCGCGCUGGGUACUACCUGUGCUGGGGUUGCCUCGUCUGGGUGCCGUCGGUGUACACGUCUCAAGCAAUGUACUUGGUCCAAACCCCCAUCACGUUGGGCACGCCACUUGCCUCGUCCAUCUUCCUUACCGGCUGCCUGAUGGUGUGGAUCAACUACUCGGUGGACGCACAGCGCCAGGAGUUUCGUGCGACGAAUGGUCAGGCAUUGGUGUGGGGCAAGAAGCCGACGUUCAUCGUGGCCAAGUACACGACAGAGAAGAACGAAAAGAAGGAGAGCCUUCUGCUGACCUGCGGGUGGUGGGGCCUCUCGCGCCACUUCCAUUACAUCCCUGAAAUUCUCGCGUCGCUCUGCUGGACGUUGCCCGCGUGGAACAGCUCGUUCGUGCCGUACUUUUACGUGUUUUACCUGUGCAUCCUUUUGACAGACCGUGCGUUCCGUGACGAUGCCCGAUGCCGUGCGAAAUACGGACAAGACUGGGCCAAGUACUGCGAACGCGUGCCGCAUUUGAUCAUCCCUGGGGUGUUGUAGCAUUCAGUCCAUCUUAGACGAAUUGCGCUGUAAUUACUUGUACGGCCUUGCAACCCUGUGUUGUCGUCGACAAGGACUUCGUCCUGUCGCUCGAUCCACCUU